CUGGAUUCAGAGUUCCGUAGCCGUAAGACGUAAGCCGUAUCGUUAAGACGUAAGGGAUAUCGACCUUCACAAUCACACGAUUGCGUUCAUAGAUCUCCGUAUGCCGUAAGACGUAAGAAAUGAACCAAUUUUAAUUCUUACGUUACGUCUUAUCGAAUCGGGUGUUGUCGGCUAGGUUCGGUGGUACUCGGUAGCCAUUUCUACAACUUUUAUAUUUCACAGAUAUUUCACUUCGGCAACGAAAAUAUAAUUGUCCGUGUCCAUUUUAGUUCAAUUAAAUUAAUAAUAACAAAAUAAAUAAGGAGUAUUAUAGUUUUAUUCACAACAUUCACAACCCAAACAACAACAUAACCUAUUAAAAACGGUAAUGCGCACGCUUACGAUGAAGUUAUCGUUACGUCUUACGGCAACUAUGAAUGGGUUUCCUUGCGUCUUAAGUCUUACGGCUAACGAUACGGCUUACGUCUUACGGCUACGGAACUCUGAAUCCAGCAUAACACCAAAGUGUAAACCAAACACACCACAAGUAUUUCUUCGACGACCAAAAAUUGGCGAGAUGGCAUGGUCUAAUCAAGGAUCGCCCUUGCUGAUUGGACCAGCCGCACCCGAAAGCACAGCAAAUGUUAACAUACCUCUUAGUGAUGGCAACUUGGUUUCAUUAUUACCACAAAAAGGAAUCCGUAUGUCACAAAUUCCAGACGUUGAUACGCAGACGAUUCACCAACUUCAAAUUCUAAGGGACAAUUUGAUUAAAGUUUGUAGUCAUGUUCAGAAGUAAUAUAUAAUACUAAUUUUGAUUAUACCGCCGUGUCAAUGAAAAACGCCUUUACUACAAUUUAGAUACAAGUGUGUCAUUAAAAAAAUUAAUGGAUUUUCCAACUAAAUCAGAAUCUCUUGAAAAAUAAAUUCUCCAAAAUUUGUUUUCUAGACAAAAAAUGUACUAAAUACUAGAGUAUAUAUAAAUACUUAUACUAAAAUUUAGGUAGAGGUGGGGGUAGUUUCGACCCUUCCCGUACCGGGUGUCCCACUAAUAAUAGCUCUCGGCUGUAUCUCGGGAAGUAUUGGCCGUAGAACCUGAGGAAAAAAAUAUUUUUAACUAAAGAGGCUAAAAAGUUUGUAGAGUGGCCGCUAGAGGGCGCAACUGCUACGCCAAAUAAGAAAAUGCAAUUUUUACAAAAUUCUGCCUAGGUAAGGACUACUAUGAACAAUAGCUUCAUAAUCUUAAGAAAAUUUUGGACUUUUUUUGUCAGAACCAUUUUUCUCUAUCUGCUAAAAUAAAGUGGUGGGGGAAGGUUAGAUUUGUUUUUAUUUUUAUAUGUUAAUAACUCCGGAUUGGAUGACCGGAAUCUAACAAGUGAUGGCUCGUUUAAAAGAGCGUUUCGUACUCUAUAUAAAACCAUAUAAACAAUAAUAAUAUGCCUUUAACAGUAGACGCUAGAGAGCGCUGUCUUACAAUUUAACAAACAAUGCGGGAUUUCCCAAAAAAAUUAAAUACAACGGUAUAUAUAAUUUCAGCUGAUUGUAAAGAGAAAUUAAAGUUUAAGAAGUCAGUGAAAACCCCAUCUUGAUAUCUUUUUUCAAUCCGAAGAUAUUAGCAAAAAUAUAAUACGAAAAAAAUUGCCCUUAACUAUUGUAUCUUAUUUUUACAACACGGUAUCAGUAGCCCUCUAGAUUAUGCCCAUUUUAACAACAGAAUAAGAUAGA